AUGUCCUUUGUCGCCCUAACGUCUGCGCAAGCAGCCCUCAAUAGGCGUUCCGAUGCGCUGGUGACUUUGGCCUUGCGACUUGCUUACAUCUAUCUAUCCAUCAUCUACCGUCGAUCAAGUCUUUCUACUUUUUUGAUACCCAGUCUCCAUCUCGUCAUAAUAGUUCAACACUUCACGAUCCAAGUCAACUCGGCAUAUCUUCCUAGCAAAGCGAAGCCUCUAAGAUUGACACUUGCCUUCACCGCACAAACACAAACAUACUCGCUUUCAAAAAUAAUGGACCCAACCUCCAUCCGCCACGCCCUCCACAAACUCCCCCUCUCCCUACUGUCUCAUAACCAGCCAAGACACACCGAGAUGCCACCACCACCACCAUACACCGCUCGCCCAACGCCCUCCAGACAGCCCUCAGGCAUACAACCGACAGGUCUAGGCAUCCACAACGUCCAAAUGCCUUCCCUCGCCCCCCGUCAAACGCAACCAGCCCGUCCAAACACCAUACCCCUCCUCCCAGAACAAGUAAUCAACGACUCAGACCUCGAGUCCAUGGACGGCGAUGACGAUGACGACGACGAAGUCUCCGAAGACUCCACAUCCGUCCACAUCAAUGCCUCGACAACCAUCACCGGCACCGGAAACCGCGUCGCCAUGCCGCGCGUCGAGACGGCGAGGCUGGGCGCUCUGAUACAUGGUGUCCUUGCCCAGCAACAGCAACAACAGCAACAAUCACAUAUGGGCCUCCGGCGGGAUACGCGCCCGCUGAACAUCACUAUCAACUGCGGCGUCACGGUGAACGGGAAUAAUAAUGUUAUUGCGCUGACGGGUCCUGCGAACGGUGUGUUUGGAGGAGGCAGCGCUGUGCAACAGGGAGGAGUACAGCAAAGACCGAAUCCAGGACAGCUCGCGAGACCAAGUAUCGAGGCUGUUGUUGGCGCGGGGAGUGGACAGCGGAAGAGGGGUGCGGAGGAGGAUUGGGCCGGUGCGGAGCGGGCGAAGAGUCCGAAACGGGAGCCUUAG